UGAAAGCUGACCAAAAAGAGCCAGUUGGAUUGACACCGAGAAGAUAAAGACGAUCGAUGGUUGCGUACUUUGGUACAGAACUUGUUUGGCAGUUUUUCAUUGGUCUGACGGAACAAUGCUGAUUAAAUAUUGAUUGAUAAUAACUCUCGUUAUGCCUAGAACUGCCAAUAGAGAUAUGAAGCGGUGGACUAGAAUCACAUUAAUACUUCAAUGAUAACCUGAAGGUAUUCCUAGACAUAAGAAAUUAAAUGGUGCUUUAGUCCUACUGAUGCUAAUAUGCCAAAGGAAGGGAAGGGAGCUGCAACCAUUCGUAGACGAAAGCUAAAACACGCUCAGGAUGCACGAGAACGAGCAAAACAUUCCCGACCAAUGUCACCUAUUCCAUCCGACAAUGAACAGGAAAUAGAUGAGAUUGAAGAAGGGUACAUUUUCCAGGAGGAAGUUCUAGGGCCACUGAUUGUCAAAAAAUUAAUGGCAACUGAGAAAACUAUCUUUCUUGGAUUAAUAGCUUUAAGGAUUUGUAAUGCAUUGAUGAUACAGACCUAUUUUGUUCCUGACGAGUAUUGGCAGUCAUUGGAAGUUGCCCACAAAAUUGUAUUCAAUUAUGGUUAUCUAACUUGGGAAUGGAGACAAGGAAUUCGCAGCUACUUCUACCCAACAAUUUUUGCCUUCCUCUACAAAACCUUGGCAGUCUUAGGAUUAGAUCAUAGACUCUUGUUGAUAAAAUUGCCAAGAAUACUUCAAGGAGUUAUAGCUGCAUUGGGUGAUCUGUACCUGUUCAAAUUGUCAUGGAAAAUAAGUGACCGUGCCACCGCCCAGUGGACCCUGCUGUGUCAGAUCCUGUCCUGGUUCACCCUGUACUGUUGUACUCGCACACUGUCAAACUGCAUGGAGACCGUCGUCAUAACCAUGGCACUCUAUUAUUUCCCUUGGCCAAACAUCAAAGGAUCUUCUGUACCAAAGUUUGUGGCCCUGGCUGCUAUGUCCGUCCUUAUCCGUCCAACAGCUGUUGUCAUCUGGAUCCUCAUGUGUUCCUGGCAUCUCCAAAAUAACCAACAGAGACUCCAGAAAGAUCUCAAACACUACUUCAUCAUCGGGUCUGUGUGUUUCCUGGGCUCAACAUUCCUGGACUGUGCCUACCAUGGAGACUGGAUUGUGGUUCACUACAACUUCCUGGAGUUCAAUGUGCUACAUGGGGGUGGAUCUAUCUAUGGGACCCACCCAUGGCACUGGUAUCUCACUCAGGGUUACCCAGUCAUCAUGUCUACACAUCUCCUUCCCUUCAUCGUGGGAGCUUACAAGGCCAAAAAUAAAGUGCUGCUGUUUCUUAUCAUCUGGACUAUAUUUGCAUACAGUUUUAUUGCACACAAAGAGUUCCGAUUCCUGAUGCCGAUUCUGCCAAUUUCAAUGCAUUAUUGUGGUGUAUAUUUCCAAGCAUUGUGUCGAAAACCACGUUUGAAGAAAAAGAAGGUGAGGAAGGAUAAUGGUACCAUUACGGAGGAAGAGGCUGGCAGUCCCUAUAGCAGCUCAGAUAGCUUAGUCAGUAGUGUGAGUACGGAGAGUACAGCCAGCACAGUGAGUACGGGACUGGGUGAUAAUCAGAGUACUGUCAGCACAGCGAGUACGGGACUGGGUGAUAGUCAGAGUACAGCAACAACAGGAGGCAGAGAAACAGUUGUAGAGGGUACUGUCAAAGAUACCUCAGACACCAGUAAACCACUAGAUGGAGCCACCAGUACCUUACCAGGUAACAGUACAUAUAAAACACAGCAAGGUGACAAGGCAGCAAAAGAAGAGGUAGAUCCACUGACUGUGCAAAAGACACAACAUAAAUAUAAUUUAUUGAAGGCUAAGAUAUUUGUGGUGAUCCUUGUCAUCAUUAAUAUUCCUACAGCAUUGUAUUUUGGACUAAUACACCAGAGAGGAACAGUUGUGGUCAUGAAAUACUUACAUGACCAGAGUUUGGACAAGAGUAUGGACAUCCUUUUUCUCACUCCCUGUCACUCAACACCUUACUACAGCUAUUUACACCAGAACAUAAGUAUGAGGAUGUUGACAUGUGAACCAAACUUGUCUCGGAAGAAGAAUUACACUGAUGAGGCUGACCAGUUUUAUAAUGACCCAGUCCAGUGGCUGAAACACGAAUACAAGGUCAAGCUGACACCCUUGCCAAGUCAUAUUGUGUAUUUCAACAAAUUGCAAAAUAAUAUUUCAGAAUUUUUUACUCAGAGUGGAUAUAAAAAAUGUGGUAAUUUUUUCCAUACACAUUUUCCUGAAGGUCGAGUAGGGAGUCAUGUCAGGGUCAGCUGUAGAUAACAAAUUAAAGGCAAAAUCACAAGUGUGGUUAGAUCAAAGUCAUAUCAAGGUCAGUAAUUAAAAGGCAGCAGAGAAAGUAACACAGAACUACAGCAGGGUCCCCUGAUCAGUUUUAGGUAUGUCACAAAGCCGUGAUUCACAGUAAUUAAAGGAGACAUACAGGUUAUCGGUUCUAUAUGUCCUAUGUGGACACAGGCUACCUGUAAACAGAUUUAAUCAAUCAUAUCUAGUCCAAAGUAGAUGUACAAUUGUACGUUUGUGACAUCAUUGAAAUUGCAACAGAUGCUUACAUUCUUUCACCCCUGGAAUAUACAUCAUGUUAUGACACAUUUGACUGGAUUUUAGUUGGGGUGUUGCUCCUUUGUAAUCGCAAUAACUUCAAAGGACAGGUAUUAGUCUAGCAAUUGGUCAGUUUUUUUAUGCCUGAAACCAAUGAAAUCGUUAACUUCAUGACUUCACUUUUGUCAUGACAUUAUUCCAGGGGUGCAGAGAAUGUACGUAAGCAUAAUCCCUGGAAUAUCGAGAUUGUGUUUAUGCUGUAAAUCUUUGUCAGUCUGGACAAUAAACAUUGUAGUUACGUAAAACAAGUUCCCAAGAACAUGUAUGAAGUUGUGGUAAGCUGUAGAAAGUUUUUGUGAAAAUGGAUACCGGCAACACAAAGGGAAAAAACCUGUUAACUGUAUGUGUGUCUCUGUAUUAGAUAGGUUUAGUACUAGAUUUAAUCUUCUGUUCGUUUCUGAGUCAGUACUAGAAUACUCAUGAUAGUAAAAGAUAUAUCGGUAUAUAUGAUGUAUUAGUUUGACACCCUUUGUCAUGUGUCCAAAAAUUUGUACAUUCAAUUACAAUCAAAACAAAUGAAGGAAAAGUUGAAAGUUGGCUGCAUUUACUGAAAUGAUUUCGUACAUGUAAAACAUUCAUACAUACUGAAUGUAAAAUGAUGUAUGAUGUCAAUAUUAAAUUACAUUCCUAUUUGAUCAUUAGUGGAGCUCAAUUCUCAUACAUCUUUAGUAUAAUGCCUUUAUAGGAAUCCUAUUUAUUGGGCUUUUGCAAUAAUCUUAAGAUUCAAAUGUACACACCUUUUAUACCCCUCAUAAUGAAGUUGGGGUGUACUGUUAUCAGUGUGUCUGUCUGUUCAACUGUCAUAAGAAGGAAAUUAGUCUGAAAAUCUCAUCCUAAUUUAAACUGCAGAUAAAUUUCAAUAUAUAGGAUCUUACAUGAGUUUUCAUUUCAUAUGAGAUUUAUGAUACAAGUCUAAAAAAAAAAUCAAUUUAAGAGUCAUCUAAAUAGGUAUUAUUGAGUAUGUUUUAAAAAACAAUUAACACUCCAAAUUUGAUAGAAUUAUGCUAUAUUAUAUAUCAAAACGUUGGUUGCAACCUGUAGAUUCCAGGUAAAGCCCUUAUUAAAUAAUUCUUUACACAAAUAGUAGCUGAAGAAGAUGAUAUACGAGUCCAUAGCAGCACAGAACAAUUUCACAAGUGGAUUUUUCUUAAAUCUGAAAAAUCAUGUAAGAAACACAAACCCUGAGUCAUCUGUUAUACAAUUGAAGCAGAUAAUUAAGUCUAUGAAAUUAUUAUAUUAGUUUUUAGAGGUUAGAGAUAUUGGGUAUAUCAUGUCACAGGAGGCCAUGUUUGACCCUAUCUAAGGGAAAUAACUCUUACAUUUAUUUUGGAACUUCUUUUAUACAAAUGUAAUGAUCUGUAAAAAAA